UAAAGACCCCCCGCCUGGGCGGGGCCAGGCACAUGACCCCAGAGCCUCUGGGGUUGGAGGAGGCUGGGAACCUCGGCCCACGUGGGCUGGCACUCUGGCCUGGGCCCCGCCCCAGUGGGUUUAUUUGGUGACGGUCGGACCUUCGCUUUGGAGCUGCUUUCUCUUCUUCUUUGUGGCGAUGGCCUACUCCUCCUCUGCCUCCGUGCUGCUGUUCCUGGCCUUCGGGGUCGCCGCCCUGGCCGAGCCAGUUCACUUUUUGGACUGCGGCUCUGCUGUUGGAAAAGUUGAGGUGGUGGAAGUGAUCCCCUGCCCCAUUCAGCCCUGCAGAUUGCAUAAAGGAGAAUCCUACAGCGUCAAUGUCACCUUCACCAGUGAUAUCUGGUCUCAGAAUACUACUGCUUUAGUGUAUGGCAUUGUGUUUGAGGUCGAAGUACCUUUCCAUAUCCCUGAACCUGAUGGGUGUAAGUGUGGCAUUAAUUGUCCCAUUGAAAAAGGCAAGACCUAUAACUACUUGAACAAACUGCCAGUAAAGAGUGAAUACCCCAGUAUGAAGCUGGUGGUGCAGUGGAAGCUUUUGGAUGACAAGAAAAAUCUUCUGUUCUGUUGGAAGAUCCCAAUAGAAAUUGUGUAAGCUGAUGAGCUACACUCCACCAGUAUGUUUGUCUCAGGAUGAGAGGGGGUGAGGGUGGGGAGUUGGGUUAUUGGGAAAGGACGAAACCUGAAACAAGCUCAGUGCCGUAAGAAGGGGAUUUCCAGCGUGCUGCUUUAUACAUCCACACCCCGCUCACUGCAGGGUCAAGAACUGUGAAGCCCAUGUGAGCCCAGAGAGUGCGAGUGUGCACAGCAUCAGCAUUCUCUGCCCUUGGCAUGGGGAGGGCCCAGCAGGAGGCUAACCUCAGGGAAGGCUGUUUCCAGAUGUCUGGGAAGUUGGCAUUGGUCAGGGGACUCUAUUCCAAACUGUGGUGAUGCAGGGUGGGAUAUUAAAUCUCAUAAGCUUUUCAACCCAAGUGCCUCAUUGUGAAUCCAACAUUCCUGUCUAACACUUUGUGUAACCACUCCCUGACCCCAGUUCCUACAUCGUCAGUGUUUCUGACAUCUGCCUCCUUCCACCAAAGAGCUCAGUUGGCGGGAGCUCUGAAUCGAUGAAUGGCUAUUGGUCUUAUUUUGUGUCAAAUAUUUCUGUUUUAAUUCUGCCUUAUGUGGCUUUUACUGAACAAAUGGAUGAUUUUUUUUUGCACUAAUUUGUGGUGAAUACACAGCAGCACAUAUCAGCUGAAUCUGUCUUUUUUUAAUCUCAUUAACUUGCAAACUCUUAAUGUACCUGGAAAUUCCUUUGAAUAAAAAUUUUAUGAAUCUUG